CAUCUAUACGUCAGACAUGACAUGAAAUCAGCUGGGACCCUGAACAAAAGCUUUAGCAAGUCAAGUUCGAAAUGUUAUUUAGCGUGAGUGGAGCCGCGUGAUUUUUUUCACGCAAUGAAACUGUGAUUAAAUCCGUUGUAACUGUAACAACUAACGCUCACUGUGAAGUCCACAGAGUAAGGUCUUUAUACAGAUGAUCCUUUAUCCAAAUGCAUAACAAUGGACUCUAAAGGAAAAUUGCAUGCAGAGAUGAGAUGAAGUCAAUUACCCAGAGGAAUCCAAACAAAGCCAGAUGUGCUUCUCUAUAGUCGAAUAAAUGAACACCAGUGAAGCAUCCAUACAGCCAAAAAGACCUCAUGUCAUUUCUGGACUGCACCUGUAUCUCUACCCACUCACAAGUUCAGUCCAUCAGCAUAGAGGAGCAGUAUGAAGACAUCAGCCACCAGGUCUCGAGCAGUGAUGUCUCUCCGUGUUCUGUGUUGAUGGAUGACGAUGACGUCACAGGUCUUUCCACUGACCCCGCCCACUAUCAGCUGCUGUCACGACUGGGGCGGGGGUUCAAUAACCUGAGUCAGGUGAGCGUAGCGCGUCAUACUCCAUCCGGUCGACUGGUGGCGGUAAAAAACACGAACCUCGAUGAGUGUACAGAAGAUGAACUCCUACAUCUGAUGAAUGAGGUUUUGUUGUCCAGACUGUUUCGUCACCCAAAUCUUCUGACGUCCAGACUGGUGUUCAGUUCGUGCUGUGAGCUCUGGGUCUUGUCUCCGCUCAUGAGCUAUGGUUCUGCAGACUAUCUGCUCAGGCAGUAUUUUCCGGAUGGAAUGAGUGAGUCUCUCAUAGCGUAUUUGCUGUAUGGUGUGUUGAGAGGUCUGGAGUACCUGCAUCACAUGGGUUAUGUGCACAGGGGUGUUAAGGCAAGUCACGUGUUGUUGUCAGCAGAAGGUCGGGUGUGUUUGUCAGGGCUUCAAAGCGUGUACAGUCUAAUGAAGGAUGGCAAGAGGAUGAGGACGGUAUAUGAUAUGCCUCAGCACAGUCCAUCUCUUCUGCCAUGGUUGAGUCCUGAGCUACUGCGACAGGAUCUCCAUGGCUAUGGUGUGAAAUCGGACAUCUACAGUCUGGGAAUUGUGGCUUGUGAACUGGUCAGUGGCAGGGUGCCGUUUCAGGACAUGCCGCCCACUUUGAUGCUGCUACAGAAGUUGCAGGGGUCUCAUUCUUGUCUCCUCGAUGUCUCUCCUUACCCACUCGGAGACCUCGGUGCACUCAAAGUGUCCCGUUCCGGUGUGGAUUCGGGGAUCGGUGAGAGUGUCGCAACCGGAAGCCUGACUCGUACGGCCACCGCUGAGAGACCCCAAAGUCCCGCCCCCAAAAACCACUCGGCUACACUGCACAACCUGGUUCAGCUCUGCCUGCACCAACAGCCUGAGAACAGGCCGUCCGCAAGCGCUCUUCUCAACCACCCCUUCUUUAGACAGGUUAAGAAACACACAAAAGACUCUUUCCUCAGUUUGAUGUAUCCGGCCGUACCGAUGUCCUGUCCUCCAGAUACACCACCAUCCGAAACCCCAACCCACACCUGUAAUACUCCCUCUCCCACCAACACUGAGCCAGAAGAUGGGAUGUGGGACUUUUCCUAACCCCCUUCACUACCCCUGUCCCGAAAUACCAUGUCCUUCUUUUCUUUCCUUUUUUCCCUGCCUUUACACUGAAAAAAUGAUUUUUAAGAAAACAAAUCUUAGUAUUUUUGUCUUGUUUUCAGUAAAAAUUUCUAAAAAUUCAAAAAUUUAGAUGCUUUUUCUUGUUGAGCAAAACGACCCAAGAAA